CACGUGACAAGAGAAAGUCUAAUGUUUCUCUUGCAGUAGCAGCCAUCAUUUCACUCAAUAGGCUAGAAAUCCAUCCUGAGAAAGGAAGAGGCGACGGAAUAAAAGAAAUAGCCAUGGAUUAGCAAGGGAACAAUCAGGAGGGAAUAACAAGUUGUUUUCUUUUGCUUCCGUUUUGAAUUUUUGCGUUGCUCUGAAUUUUGCAGAAAUCUUCGCUCUUGGUGCAUUGGGCAGUGGAAAUGCAUUGGGGAUACAACCCCGUGUAAGUAGCUUGUCAACAAACAAGGUGGGCUCGAGCAGCGUUGGGCGCGACUGUUUCCCUGCGGCCGCCACCGGGUCUGCCGCUGGACUGGUAGAUGAGGCUGCUGAGGAGGGCGGGGCCACAGCCGAGGAUAUUCUUUUUUUGCCGUUUUUAAUUUGAAGCAGUUUUUUUACAUUUCGGUACGUGGGGGGGGGAGAAGGCCAAAACCGCGGACCUAAAACCCACCCGGAGCAUGGGGCAGAAGGUUCCCGGAGGAAUCAAGACUGUGGACAUGCGGGACCCGGCGUUUCGGCCGCUCAAGCUGGAGCUGCAGGCCCUGGACUACACCAAGCCGGCCCGGCUGGACAUGCUGCUGGACAUGCCCCCCGCCGCCCCCGAGGUCCAGGUGCAGCACUCGUGGAACAACGACGACCGCUCGCUCAACAUCUUCGUCAAGGAGGACAACAAGCUGGUCUUCCACCGGCACCCCGUGGCGCAGAGCACGGACGCCAUCCGGGGGCGCGUGGGCUACACCCGCGGGCUGCACGUGUGGGAGAUCAGCUGGGUGAUGCGCCAGCGGGGCACCCACGCCGUGGUGGGCGUGGCCACGCGCGACGCCCCGCUCCACUCCGUGGGCUACACGGCGCUGGUGGGGAACAACGGCGAGUCCUGGGGCUGGGACCUGGGCCGGAACAAGCUGCACCACGACGGGAAGAACCGGCCCAGCGAGACCUACCCCGCCUUCCUGGAGCCUGACGAGACCUUCCUGGUGCCCGACUCCUUCCUGGCGGUGCUGGACAUGGACGAGGGCACGCUCAGUUUCAUCGUGGACGGACAGUAUUUGGGCGUUGCGUUUAGAGGACUCAAGGGCAAAAAACUGUACCCCGUCGUGAGCGCCGUGUGGGGACACUGUGAGAUCCGCAUCCGCUACGUUAACGGGCUCGAUCCGGAGCCCCUCCCCCUGAUGGACCUGUGCCGGCGCUCGGUCAGAGUGGCGCUGGGGAGGGAGCGGCUCGGCGAGAUCCACAGACUGCCCCUGCCCGCCUCCCUCAAGAACUACCUGCUCUACCAAUGACAGCAGGAGGGGGCCCUCCCUCUUCUCCACAGCGGGGAAAAAAUGGCUCACGGUGCAACCCCCCGAAGGGCUUUCCAUCCGCCACCCGCCAGAAACUGCCUCCGUAGAGAGGUCACACGAGCCGCGUCUCAGACUCGACCUCUGGCCUGAUUUUACUCCCCACUCCCACCACGCUGCAGUACCAUCAUACCAUUCCACAUAAAUGACCGUCUCCUCCCUCCCAGCUGGUUUAUCCAUUUUAAAUUUCUCCUUUUUCAAUUUAAAUGCUAAUUUUUAUUCUCUGGUAAGGUGUCGGGGCCCUGUGUGUGUGCGCGUGGGCUGCAGGCGGUUGGUAUCUCUGCUCAAACCCCCCCCGCUCCUCUGUGCGAAUCGGAUCGGUGCUUCAGCUUCGUAUCCGCUGCCGGGACAAACUAAGCUUUAACGUUGCCGAGGAACUCGGCCUCCGUCGGCGCCCAAUCAGGAAGCAGCUGAGCUCUCACGCCUUUCACCGGGAACCUUCGCAGGGCUGUUAGCCUGGCGUGAGCCCCUCCUCACUCAGUCCCACAGGUGGACUGUCCGGUUUCUCUUCGACAUUUUAAGUGCCUGUGUGCAGUACUGGAAUAUUGCAUUUUUUUUUUUUUUUCUUUUUUUAAAGGCUGCUUUUAAAAGUAUUGUUUUUAAUGGCAUAAUUGCAACACUGUGAUGGACUGUUAUUACAUCCCUGGAUCCCCCUCCCCACUGUAAAAUCUUGCUAAAUAUUUGAUCAAAAUUUUAUUUGGUCUGAGACUCACAAGGAACAGAGCGGGGGAGGAGAGAUGAUGGUGCUGUAGCGUGUGUGUGUGUGUGUGGUGAAGCUGCUGUACAGUUCUCUUAAUCACCCAUUCUAUUUUAUCCAGAGAACGGGAAGUGAUGUAAAGACAUUCAUUUACGAGAAGUUUUUAAAAGUCCCAAGUGUGCAGCCGUGACCUAUUAACUUGACACAGAAGGUGAAAAUUGCCAGACAAUGUUUUCUUCGACUGUUUCCUAAAUGAUUUUCUUGUGUUCAUGUGGUCCUAGUUUGGCAUGACUUUGUGUGUAUGUGCACAACCCCAGCCCCCCCCCCCCCCUCACCCCUGCCAAUCAGGCCUGCAUAAUAUCAUUUUCUUUGUAUUCAGUGAUGUAAAUACUGUUGGUAACUACCUAAUAAAGUUUCUAAAUUAAUCUUC